UUCAAAGGAGAAAAAAAGGAAGCCGAUCUACAGCCGAUCUUCGGCUGGGGUGAAUUUGCGCGUGCACAGCACUGCAAACAACUGUCAAGGGACAAGGAAGUUGACAGCUGGCUACAACUCGAAAGCGGUUGGGACUAGAGCAAAGAGCGUGAGAGUCCAUUGAAGACUUUGUUUUAACCCGGGGGCCAGAUCAGUACUGCUCUAGAGAUUGAGACUUUGUUCUUAAUGUUGGGGGUGCUCUCCUUCACCCUCAGUGUAUACCCAUCAUCUAACCCAAACGUUCUCUAUCUCACCCCUGUGAAGACAACACUCCCAUCUACCUUCUAGAACAUUGUGCUACCUUAUCCCUCGUAUCAGCAACUUUUACCUCAUUCGUCACCCCACCUUUCCUCCCCGCUUGCGCUACGCUUCACUCCAUAUCAGUCUUCAUCAUCGUUCUAGCAAGUGUCUGCCCUGCCUCAAGUCUGAGACAGUGAGGUUGUACAUAGAUCCUUCGCCACUGUCCUCCUCUUACCCACAACCCCCUGCUGUGGGCACCAACCGGACUGGACUGCCAUGAGGAACUACCGGAGCCUCCAUGACAUCCUGUCUCUGUGAUGUCAGAGGCUAGCAACCAGGACCAGGCAGACGGACUUCCCAGGUUUGUGAUUGGCAGUGAGGAUGAGGACCACACAGGUCCCAAGGACGGACACAUGAAGAAUGAGGGAGACUUGUUCAGGGGAGUGGAGGAGGAGGAAGAGGAGCUGGAGGAGGAAGAGGAGGAUGAUUCGCCAUCAGAGAGGCAGAUUGUGGUGGGUAUCUGCUCCAUGAUGAAGAAGUCCAACUCCAAGCCCAUGACCCAGAUCCUGGAGAGGCUGUGCAAAUUUGAGUACAUCACGGUGGUCAUCUUCCCAGAGGAGGUCAUUCUCAACGAGCCCGUGGACAACUGGCCCCUAUGCGACUGCCUCAUCUCCUUCCACUCCAAAGGUACUCAUGAACGUUUCCCAUUGGACAAGGCUGUGGAGUAUGCCAAACUCAGAAAUCCACUACUCAUCAAUGAUCUCAACAUGCAAUACUUCAUUCAGGAUAGGAGGGAGGUAUACAGGAUCUUGCAAGAGGAAGGCAUUGACCUACCUCGGUACGCUGUGUUGAACCGUGACCCAGACAGACCAGAAGAGUGUAGCUUGGUAGAGGGGGAGGACCAUGUAGAGGUGAAUGGGGAGGUGUUUCCCAAGCCGUUUGUGGAAAAACCUGUUUGCGCCGAAGACCACAACGUCUACAUCUACUACCCCACCUCCGCUGGAGGAGGAAGCCAGAGGCUCUUCAGAAAGAUAGGGAGUCGUAGCAGUGUGUACUCCCCAGAGAGCAGCGUACGAAAGACUGGCUCUUACAUCUACGAGGAGUUCAUGCCCACGGAUGGAACGGAUGUCAAGGUGUACACCGUGGGACCAGACUACGCCCACGCUGAGGCCCGGAAGUCCCCCGCCCUGGACGGAAAGGUGGAGAGGGACAGCGAGGGGAAGGAGAUCCGCUACCCGGUCAUGCUCACGGCCAUGGAGAAACUGGUGGCCCGCAAAGUCUGCUUGGCCUUUAAGCAAACUGUGUGUGGUUUCGACCUUCUAAGAGCGAAUGGCCAUUCCUUCGUCUGUGACGUCAACGGCUUCAGCUUUGUAAAGAACUCCAUGAAGUACUAUGACGACUGUGCCAAGGUUUUGGGGAACAUGGUGAUGAGGGAGCUUGCUCCUCAGUUCCACAUCCCCUGGUCCAUCCCCAUGGAGGCUGAGGACAUCCCCAUCGUCCCCACCACCUCAGGAACCAUGAUGGAGUUGCGCUGUGUCAUCGCAAUCAUCCGCCACGGGGACCGCACCCCCAAACAGAAGAUGAAGAUGGAAGUCAGACACCCACUGUUUUUUGAGUUGUUUGAGAAGUACGGACGCUACAAGUCUGGGAAACUCAAGCUGAAGAAGCCCAAACAGCUGCAGGAAGUGCUGGACAUAGCCCGUCUGCUGUUAGCCGAGCUAGGCCAGCAUACCGACUGUGAGAUAGAGGAGAAGAAAUCCAAACUGGAACAACUCAAGACCGUCCUAGAAAUGUAUGGCCAUUUCUCAGGUAUUAACAGGAAGGUGCAGCUAACACACCUGCCUAAUGGACAGCCUAAAGCCUCCAGUGAGGAAGAAGACUCUCAGAGAGAAGGUCCGUCUCUGCUGCUGGUGCUGAAGUGGGGUGGUGAGCUCACCCCUGCAGGCCGGGUCCAGGCUGAGGAGCUGGGAAGGGCCUUCCGCUGCAUGUACCCUGGAGGACAAGCUGGUGGCCACAGGUCCCUUGGCUGCGUGUCCCCAAUUGGAGACUACGCUGGGUUUCCUGGCUGUGGUCUGCUGCGCUUACACAGCACCUACCGCCACGACCUCAAGAUCUACGCUUCCGACGAGGGCCGCGUACAGAUGACCGCGGCUGCAUUUGCCAAGGGUCUGUUGGCCCUAGAAGGGGAGCUGACACCGAUCCUGGUGCAGAUGGUGAAGAGUGCCAACAUGAACGGUCUGCUGGACAGCGACAGUGACUCCCUGACCGACUGUCAACAGAGGGUCAAAGCUCAUUUGCAUGAGAUCAUGCAGAAAGACCAGGAUUUCUCCCAGGCAGACUAUGAAAAGCUGGCCCCUACAGGCAGUCCAUCCCUGGUCAACUCUAUGAAGAUCAUAGAAAACCCAGUAAAGACCUGCGACAAGGUGUACGCCCUCAUCCAGAGCCUCACCUCCCAGAUCCGCAAAAGACUUGAAGACCCCAAGUCUGCAGAUCUGCAGCUGUACCACAGCGAAACCCUGGAGCUGAUGCUGCAGCGCUGGUCCAAGCUGGAGAGAGAUUUCCGCAUGAAGAGCGGCCGCUACGACAUCAGCAAGAUCCCGGACAUCUACGACUGUGUGAAGUACGACACGCAGCACAACUCCUCCCUGGGGCUGGAGGACACGCUGGAGCUGUUCAGACUGUCCCGCGCCCUCGCAGACAUAGUCAUACCACAGGAGUAUGGCAUCAACAAGCCUGAGAAGCUGGACAUAGCCCAGGCCUACUGUGUGCCCUUGAUGAAGAAGAUCCAGCUGGACCUGCAGAGGACACACGAGGACGAGGCCGUCAACAAGCUACACCCACUGUGGUUCAGGUACUCCCGAGGGGUCAUGUCUCCGGGUCGCCACGUGCGGACCCGCCUCUACUUCACCAGCGAGAGCCAUGUCCACUCCCUGCUCAGCAUCUUCCGCUAUGGAGGCCUUCUGGACGAGGUGAAGGACCAGCAGUGGAAGCAGGCCUUGGACUACCUGGGUGCUGUCUCUGAGCUCAACUACAUGACCCAGAUAGUCAUCAUGCUGUAUGAAGACAACAAUAAGGACCCUUCGUCCGAGGAGCGCUUCCAUGUUGAGCUUCACUUUAGCCCCGGGGUGAAGGGCUGCGAGGACGAGGAGAAUGUUCCGCUGGGCUUUGGCUUCCGCCCAGCAUCUGCUGAGAACCAGGAGAAGCAGACCAAUCAGGGAAGCCUGGAGGACCUAUCACAGGAUGAGCCUGACAGGGCUCUGCCCCUCAACGAGCCAAUCAACAUGCAGAAGAGAUCGCCCAUGCUGCGGAACCGCAAGGCUGGCUCCAUGGAGGUCCUGUCUGAGACCUCCCCCAACCACUCGUCUAAAGGCACCUCCUAUCGUCUCUUCCCCUCCUGCUCACGUCAGUCCCCAGAGGUCAAACAGACAGGCCCAGUUUUUCCACACACAGGCUCCCUGUGCUCGGGCCUCUUCAGUGCCUCCGUCCUGGGGGUGUCCUCUAGCGCCCCCAACCUGCGGGAAUACGUCCUCACACACCACCGCAAAAACCUCUCCCCCGGCAGUGUGCUUGGUCGAGAUGAGCUGUUCUCUAUGGCGGCAGUAAAGAGAUUUUCUGUGUCGUUUGCCAGGCAUCCGACUAAUGGCUUCGAAGGCUGCUCCAUGGUGCCUUCUAUCUACCCCCUCGAGACACUGCACAAUUCGCUCUCCCUCAAGCAGGUGGAUGAGUUCCUUUCAGCCGUGUGCGAGAGCAGCAGUGAGGCCCAUGCCAAGACCAUGAAAGCUCUGUCCGCCCUUUUUGACUCUCAGAGCCAGGCUUCCAUGGACACCUACACCCGUCCCUCCACAGAAACCACUGUCCCGUGCCCCCCUCCCAAACAUUACAGAAGUGGUUCAUCCAUUACAGUGUCAAGUGCAGGUCCCUCCUCUCCCAACACAGUGAUCAACCCAGCCGUGCAGUUCAGCUUCAGUGAUUAGAGACUUACCUGUUCCACUUCUUUUCAAGGAACCUAUGGAUUCACUAGGACUACAUAAGAUCCAUCCAUACAUCCAUACAGUGUGCCUUUCUACACCAUAGUCAGUGCCUUAUCAACUACAAUCAGCUUUUGCACUGGAUCUGGAAGGACCAUGUCAUUGGACAAAAACGACCUAAAGCAACAGCACCCUCCCCUCAUUGUGCUGGCUGUCCAAUCAACAUGCAAUCCAUGUUGAUUGACUGCUAGGGGAGCACAUCUUCUCAGGACUGGAUGACACAGCCUUGAUGUUCUUUAUUCAGACUGUGAAUGGUGAAAAGGAAGGGAGACAAGAGUGCUUCUCAUGCCAAAAUCCUGUUGGAUGGAACCGUACACACAAUAGGCCACUGUUUAUGUAAAAUGGAAUUCAAUGAUUAGUUAAAUACUUGAGCCAGCUGAUCAAUCACAUUGUGUUAAUAUUGCGAUAAACUAUUCUUUUGACAGUGCUGGUCUUGAUUAACCUUAUUUGAUGUGAUUUGGAGGGGAAGGAGCUUGGAAGUGCAUUACAAUGACAUUACAUAAAAGUGGAUUUGGUAGACCAAGAAAGUUGCACAAAGGGGAUCAGGUACAAUGUAUCAUUUAUAUCAUGUUUGGUCUCCAAAGCAUUUGAUCUGCAGUUUGUAAAUACAACUGUGUGUUUUUAAAUGAUGUGUCAUACUCAUAAUGUAUUUCAUAAAACUGCCAAAUAUCCAAGCAAAGGAGGUGCCUCAACAGUCAGUACUGGUACGUAUUUUCAGAAUUUAAAGGGAAAACCAAGACUGCAUUUUUGUGCUACCUCAGUUAACUCUGAGUACUCUAACUUGUGUAAAAUGUCUAUUAUCUGCUGUCAUGUCAAAGUUUGGAUGAGAUUUUAACGUGCAAUGUAAAUGAUAAUAUAUCAAAGGUUUAAGAAAUAUGGCAUGUCCUUGAUGACAUAUGACUGUAAUAAACCUUUUUAUUGGGUUGAGGAGUUUGUUUGGGGAGAUUGCAGUAUAUAUCUUUUGCACAAACCUCAAAAUGAUUCAAAACAAAAUCCAGAUGCUUUUAUUUUCUGUUUGUUUUUAGAUUGUCUCAUUCACAAGGCUCUGGCCAGAGACUUUCCACUGUAUGUACUGUACGGGUUGCUGUUGAACAAACCCUUUGAUUUUAAAUUCAUAGAUAUUGUUAAUUUAAUACUUUUAUUUCUAGAUGUAUGUAAUAAGUUGAGGGUUGUAUUUUUGUAAUUUAAGGUGGUAUUAAAUGUCAACAAAAGA